UUGAUCAAGCCACCUCUCAUCGCUUUUGACGGCCAUCCUCCAGUGCAUUCAGGCUUCUUUGAGGCUCCAAAACUGUGUCACGCAUACACGGUCGGAUAGUUGUCAUGACGCAAACUGGAAAGUGCGACACGUGUCGGCAGCGCAAGGUCAAGUGUGAUGAAGUGCGACCCAAAUGCAGCGCAUGCAAAAAGAAAGACAGACCAUGUACCUACUCCUACGGCAAAGCCUCAGCAUUCGUCGUACAGGAUCCUAGGCAGUUGACCAAACAUGGAAGAUCCAGGACUAGCUCUGCUGUAUAUCCAUUGAGUUCUUCUGACGCGAGUUCACGGUCGUCUUCAACAACCCCAUAUUCAGCAAGCUCGUCCACAGACCUCUGCAUCACUACCGAAAGACAUACCGAAGAUCGACAAGGUUGCUUCCAGACCCUGGCACCGCGUUCAAAAUCCAGAAUGCAGCUUUCGAAGAUGAAAGAAUACCGCCAGAAUCUUGCGCUUCAAGUACACCUCCAGAAAAUACGAGAAGAAUCCUCUCUCGCACCAUACCAGCCAUCCUCUCCCGAGACCAUUCUGAUCGCCCGGUACGUUGGCGUGCUUGGACCAGACCCUGCGGAUAGGCAGCCUUUUGAGGUCUUAGGGACCUGGAUACAGUCCAUACCCUCGCGCAUCGGUUCGAACAAGAUGCUUGAUUUGGCCGUCCAAUUCUUCGUAGACAGUCAUGCUACGUAUCGAGAUGAUAUGCACUCGAAGCGCAAGGUCGCCAGAGCUUCAAAGGCUAAAGCGCUGAAGGAACUGCAGCUCGCCGUGAUGGAUACUGAUAAUAAGAUAACGUACGAUAUCUUGUUGGCUACGAAGUUACACUACGCUGCUGAGGCUCUUCUGGGGCUUGAUACAUUGUAUUACGCCAUUCAUGCGUUCGGAAUCGCCGAGUUGCUGAGGUCGGGAGCGGUGGCGGAAGUCGAUGACGACCAUUUCUGGAAUUUGAUUGACAAUACCUAUGUCGACGACGUGCACGAGGCGAUGAUGACGGGUCGAAAGUCAGUGUACCAUAACGACUAUUACCUGUCGGCUACAAUUCCACCUCCGAUCGAUACAAGGGAUAUCAUGCUGUCGCCAUCACAAAGAGCGUCGAUGGCUGUCAUGCACGUUUUCAUUCAGUGCCCUCAUGCGGUAGCAUUGAUUCGACAAGCAAUUUCUAAUCCCGAGGACACGACUGCGCUUGCAAUCGCCAUGUCAUAUUUGGAGGGUUUGAUGCAGAUCGACGUGUCGCGACACAUAGCUGAGCUCAUUGAAACAACCGUGUCUGUGGUACCGAUUCCACCGUCACCGGAAGUCGCCGACCUGAUGCCUGACACCCUGGAGUUCAAGUCGGUACAAGACUUCAUUCUUUGCACAAGAAGCUGGAUGUUACAGUCGCUUCUCUGCGGCCUUGCGGAUACGCUUUAUCGAUACUUUCCAGCUGAGGCGGCGUUAUCGCUACUCCCGUCACCUCAGCAAUUACGAAUCAUUGACGUGGAUAGCGCACUCCGUCUUCAAAAGUCGCACAGAUGGGCAGAUUCAAUUUCCAAACACAUCCCACUUUUGACAAUGCGCUUACACACCCCACUCCAGAUGGCCAUUGCGCCAUGGCACCGCAUCACACGAGAACUUUCUAGCCAACGCUCACGAUACGCCUCGCCAGGCAGCCCCUCUGACGUGACUACGGAACUCACACGCGCCAAGCGCAUGCAAACCUGGAUAAUCGACGAAACCAACAAGAUACACAAGAACUGGAACGUUGCCACAGUCGAGGAAGAAAUCCUUCUAGAAGCUCUUGAAGCUCUAUCUGGAGAGAAGAUGCCAGAUUGGCUCCCAACACGCGUGCGAUUCGUUCCCGAAGAAGGCGAAAUGGCUCUACACAUGGAAUUCGAGAACAAAACAGGGACCUACUCCACUGGAAGAAUCGAUGUGAGCAAGGAGCCUCCGCCCAAAUUGACGAUGCCGCCGCAUCCUGGGGAAAAGGGACAAGAAUGGCAGAGGAAGAAUGUGCACGUGGUGGAGCUCCCACUUAGAGGAGGGCGGAAUGAAAGACCUGUAGACUUCAUCCAUAGUACAGGAAGAAACCUGUGUACGACUUCAGGGUGGUGGCCUCAGACACACGAAACAUCACACAAUAACUAGGAGGUAGUCAAGCGCAUUACAAACUUCAUUCUCAUCAUCAUGUGGUAUCUUGACAGCUACAUCACCCUCCCUCCUCAUCGCCCGCAA